UUCCAUAUUGGUUGGCUGUCACACGAGCACCACAGAACCCCCCAUAAGGACUGUGAUAAUACCAAAGCUCAAUUGGUCCUCUGCUUCUUCUUCUUCUUCGUCUUCUUUCUUCUCCAUCAUUUCCCGUUUAGAACAACCGGGUUUACUUUGAAUCAAUGGCCAUGAUCUUGCUCACCCGAUCCUACUUUUUCGCCCUUAUUUGAGACUCGUACAUGUUUGUCUUUACGAGAUGCAUGAAUUGGAGACUCCGGAACAAACUCAUUUCAUGGAUUGAUUCAUGGAUACUGGAAUUGAAGAAUCUUAAACAAACCUAUUUUGAUUCCAGGUCUGAAUCUGCUACUUUUCUAUUAUUGAGUUGAAAAAGAAGGGGUCUCAGGGGUUUUGGGUGGCCCUUUUUUCAUGCAUGCUUCAUAGAUGCAGGAUGUGAAGAAUCUGGAACGAACCCAUUUCAAUUACAGCUUACCACAUUGUAGCUCAAAUUCAAGCGUUCCUGAUAAUUUCAUCAAUAAUCACUCGUCUGUUUGACUGUUAUGGGGUCUGAUCCCUGUGGUUCGAGCUUGCUUCUUGCUCUGCCGGAUGAUUUGUUUGCUAUGGUGUCCCGGUCCCUAUCUCCAAGGGACCUCUGCAAUCUCAGUCUAGGUUGCCGGAGCCUAUAUACACUGGUCGCCUCUGAGAAGGUCUGGCUCACUCAAUGCGAAAUGGUAGGAGUUGUGUCCUAUGGAGACCUCAUAGAGUGGCGAAGGGGUAUCUCAUCUUAUAAAGCACUUUGCCGGUUCCUAAGUAGUGUUAAGCCUUUACUUGGAAUUUGGGUUCACCAAAACCCAGAACUUGGCAAUGUAGUGUAUGUUAUGCCUGGUUUUGUUUCUGUUGUUGGGUGCCGGAUCAUUCCACAAGAGCUUGGCCCAUUAGGAAUUGAAGAUGGUCCGAUUUUAUGGGCACCUGUGUUUGAAAUUAUUGGUGAUCUUGAUGGUUCCACAGCAUUUUUCCUGCAUGGAAGGGAAAGCCAAAAUGACUAUUUUUAUCCUGGUUCGGUCAAGGGGAUUGAGAAGAACUGCAAUGUGCUAUUGCUUGAGGUUGAGCCUAGGGAACAAACAAGUGGGCGUAAAUUGGUUCAUGCUAGAAGCUUUAUUGAUCAUUCAGAUAAGGAACAAAGAAAGGUCUGUAGGUCAGAUAGCGGGCUUUCAAGGUCACAGAGGCUUGUCGAACAGAGUGGACCAAUGGUCCCUUUUAGUCGAUUGGCUUUUGGUGACAGAAGGAGGCUGCUUGAGAUUGUUACAAACCAAGUCCGAUUGAGGGCACCCAGUUCAGAAAAGGGUCCACUGUUUCCUCAUUCAAGGAAUGAUGAGGAGAACUUUCGAAAAGAUAUGAUGCUAUUAUUUGAGAGGAGAUCAAAUUUAAUGCAAAUGUAUAAGCUGGGUGUAGGAAACAUUGAUUUGAAGGCAGCCCCUGAGCUUCCUUCUGAUCCUACGCUGUUGGAAUUGAGCGAGAUCAGGAAGAGUCUUGAUCAUUCAAGUGCUUUUCAUGGUCCUGUCAGUGGGGAUGAUGGCUGCACACAAGUUGCUAAGAGGAAAACUAUUGGUGGGUAUUUUAGGGAUAGUUUUAAGCAGAUCUUAGGGAAGUCUGGCUCUAUGAAUGGUAGUCGUCCAAGCUCAAAGAAUGGCUCUUCAAGCAGUGAGAAUAAGCACGUACAGCUUCAUGACUUUCUGAAGUCAGGUGAUACAAUAGGACUCACUCUACAUGCUUCAAAUGUGAAAUUAUCUUCUUAUCGAGCAUGGCCAAACAUGCAUGAUAGUCGAUUUGCCCUUUACAAGUUGCCCAUGCGGGUCCCAACAGCUGGCCAAGAAUAUGCGGGUUUAUGGGGAGGAACUUUUGGUUGGCCUCCAGGCCGGCCUUCUGAAGACAAGCCUGGAAAGGCUCUGUUCUUUCUUUUGCUGUCUUAUGAAGAGAUUGAUGAGCAACGGCAUCUAAUUGCAACCAAAAUAUUAGAAGGCACCCACUAUGUUCUGCAUCCAAAUGGGUCAGCAAUGUUUAUAGUGAAAAUCAAUGAGCCUUCAUUAGAUCCAUUCCCUUGGGAGACAGAUGCAGAUUCCCUUCCUGUGGCUGUUAAGCAUGCUUUUGUGGGGGAUGGGAUUGCAAAUGGGUAUGGUUUCAGAUAUCCUGGUUCCAAGCCUGGAUCAUUGUAUGUCAUUCAGGGUGGACUCCUUGCCUUCAUGUGGAAGGAAUCCAGGGCUAUCCUGACCUUGCAGAGACUUAACUUGCAAGAGCUUCUGAAGAAAGGUGAACGUGUGCCUGCUUUACCUCCAAUUGCCAAUUUUUCAUAUUUGACCAAGUCCUACUCAAAUGUUUUUGCUGGCUGUGCAAACACCACAAAUUGUUUGGCUUCACCCAGCUUGGUUGGAUGAGGAGAGAUGGUGUAUCAAACUGUAUAAACUUGAGCUGUUCAGCAGAAUUAUUUAUAGGAUGGGUCUUUUAAGGGUUAAGAGAAUUGACGGUGGUGUGCCACCAUUGCUUUGAUUAAUACCUAAAGCUCAAAGCUCCUUCAUUGCUGCUGAUUGUUUGAUGGAAUUCAGCUUUGUCUUUGCAGCUGCACAUCAAUGAUCAUAUUCUCUCAAAAUUCCAUGGAACUUCUUUCUUCUAGCUGGUCUAAGGGUUGAGGUGAUAUUCUAUGUAACUGAUUGGAGAUGUGAGAUUUCAAUUAUUGUGGAAAUAAACAUUAGAUAAUUCCAUCCCGGUUGACAUGUAUAACCCAAUUUAGUGUCUUACAAAUGAGUUAAAUUUAUAAGAUUGAAUCUUAAUAAAGGUUCUUGCACUUGGAUCAGAGAAACUGGCUGCAAACCGAAUGGUUGUUUGUGCUAUCUCAAUUUUGUUUCUCAGCUAAAUUUUUUCUUUUCUUUUCUUUUUUCUUUUUUCCUUUUCUCAAUGCUAUUCCAUACACUUUUCUCUUCUUGUAUUCAAACGGGAAGUUCUAAAGUCA